UUAGCUAUUAUUUUACUUUGCAAACAGCAACUUGCCAUACUUAAUUCUCAGACGAAUGUACCCCCGUCCAAGGAGAGACUCGAUGGUGUCAUUGAACUGACCCAGCAGUUUCCAGUCUUCAAACAUGUUGCAUGGGACAAAGUAGAAUAUAUUUUUUUUACCUGUGCAUACAGACAAACACUACUGGGUCUACGCUGCUGAUCUAAGGAGUCAGAAGACUUUCCUUCUGGACAGCAUGAAACCCAAGCCAGCAGUGGCCAAGGUGGAUCACUGUCCAAUGGGGAAAUUGAUAUUAGAGUAUGGGGCUGCUUUCCUUGCAAAGCACAACAUCGAUUUUCCCUUGCAUGAUUGGGAAUUCUUAAUUGCGGAUGUUCCUCAACAAAAAGGAAACGAUGACUGGGGAGUGUUCGCAUGCAUGUUCAUGGAGAACUGGGCGGGUCACAUUCCAUCGGAAUACAAGGAAACUUGGCACUUGGAAAAGCACGUGGAGCACCAGCGA